GAGUCUGCUCGAUGAACCGUUCCUGGUGGAUUGUUGUCAUUAUUUUGGUGGCUAGCCCUCAGAGCUAGCUAGCCGCUUGAUUUUCUCUUCGACAUACUUUGAUCCAGCAGGUGGGUCACGGUUUAUGUCAACAACUUUGUAUUGCGCCAAGAUGAUAAAGUGUUGUUAUAGUAACGUUGGUUUGUUAGAGUCACUGCUCGUUGUUCGACACUAAGCUGUUACGGGAGCAAAAAGUUGUAAACAAAUGUCAGCCGAAGCUAGCUGGUCGGUAACAAAAUAGCUAGCGCAAUGUUAGCUUGAGACACAUAACCGAGCAUUUACUUAAUCUUUUCACUAGUUUGACAAGCAUAAUGAUAGUGUGUUCUGUAUUUUUAAGCUCGUCGAUGUUUCGUGAAGGUUGUAGACUGUUUUUAGUGUCAACAGAACUUGUAAGAGUUUUACGCAGACCGUUAAAAAUUCCCAAUGCUAGGUCACCUUAUCAGGACGGGCUGAUGUAGGGGGGGAAAUGCACGUUUAUUUGCUUAGUUAUUCAAAGGUAAUGCUUCAUCUUGACAGAGUUUAGGUGAACUGUUGGGUUAUCAUGUCAGUGAGGGUUUGCCACGCUAACAGGUCUCUGUUUCUGCACCGACUGAUGGGUGUCUGGAUGGACUAAAACCCAGUCUACACAGAGAUCUGAGCUGUAAAUACAGAGUCUGGAGGCUGUAAUGUAGUUUUUAGUGGAUGUCAGACAUGAUUUUACUAUGUGAAGUGAACUGGACACAGCUCUGUACAGACACACACACACACACACACACACACACACACACACACACACACACACACACACACACACACAUAGAGACUGCUCACAGCUGUCAGGCUCAAAUUAGUCCCAGCUAAGGUGGGGCCUCGAGUUAUUUAUAGGUGAACAGGGAAAACAAUUAUCACCUUUUAGAAGAAUAAUGUAUCUCCCUUAGCUUGAGUGAAACUGCAACUUUGAAUUGAAAGACAAAAAAAAAAGAAGAGUUAAAGGGAUAUUCCGGCGUAAAAUUAAUUUAGGGUCUAACACACCGUAACACCGAGUUAGACACCCCCUUGAGAGAUGAAUGUUGCUGACCGCUUGCUUCUCUAGUUAUACCAACUUUAGUAACAACCACACCAUAGUAAUACAGAGAGCCACGUGCUCAAUCAAAACGCCAUAUAUAGCCACAAAUAAUGCUCAGAACAGCACCUAACUUCAUCAACAGUACAUAUAGGGUCCCAGCCAUAGCACUAGCCACCAAACAUCUUUUUAACUUUGCCUCAUUUCUUUAGUAAAGACACUAAACACAACUCACCCACUCUCUUCCAGCAGCCGCUUGCUUGUAGCGAGACCUCAGGCCAGUCCAUUACGGACUGCUGCGGGGUGACGCAGCUCAAGGACGAACAUUUAUGAUCAUUUCUUUAUCAUUUCCUUGAAGUAAUAAUCAUCAUAUUAAUCAUUUUGUACUGCAGACACGUUAGUUCUUUUGCCUUAGUGUCUCAGUCUGAUUGCAUUUCCAUGAGGUAAUGAUCAUAGUUGUUCUUCCUUGAGCUGCGCACCCCGCCUCAGUUCGUAAUGGACUGGCCCCAUAUCUCUGUACAAACAAGUGGCUGCUGGAAGAGAGUAGGUGAGCUGUGUUUAAUCUCUUUGCUAAAGAAAUUAGGCAAAGUUAAAAAGAUGUUUGGUGGCUAGUACUAUGGCUGGGACCCUAUACUGUUGAUGAAGUUAGGUGCUGUUCUGAGAAUUAUCUGUGGCAUUUUGGUUGAGGUUUGUUUAAGGCUCCUCAGACUGCUGUGUACUGCUAUGGUGGUCAUUACUAAUGUUGAUAUAACUAGUGAAGCAAGGGGGUGUCUAACUCUGUGUUAUGGUGUGUUUGACCCUAAAUUAAUUUUAUGCUGGAAUAUCCCUUUAAGUGGUAGAAAUGUUAACACCAGCCGUUUCCAAUCUCAAUCACAGUGUGAGAAAUUUGCUUUUCAUACUAAAAUACCCGACAGCCAAACUGGUGAAAUGUGAGGAUCUUCUUCUUCUUCUUCGCUGACUAUAGUAAAGAAGAGUAGAGUAAACACAACUUUUGGACCAGUGAUUGCCAAAGUCGGGAUCUGGACCCUCUGGGUCGCAAGAUGCCUCCCAAAAAUAUAAAAAAGGAAGAAGUUAUUAUUACUAUUAUGAAGAAUAUAUGGCUUCCAGCGAGCUGUGUGCUCUGUCACAUCUUAACUCUGGAAUGUACAGACUGCGAUGAAAAGCCUUGAAUAUAUUUCAUUUGAGUACAAGUUUGGCUGGUAUGUUAAGUCUAGAGAGGAGUAGUACAUUGUGUAAGAAACACCAAGACAAACAAAGGCAAUGGAUGAACCAUGAUUAUGUUUCAUUGUUAUUCCAAGUUCCUUUCAUUCAAUGAACUCCCAAGUUUUAAAACAGUGGCAUGUUUGUCAUUGGUUGCUCAGAACUUGUGCUGUGCCACUAAGUGUUUGAAUAACCCCCCAGGUUUCAUAUUAAAGGUGCAGUGUGUCUUAUUAUCUCUUUUAUAUGUUCUAUUAUGUUCUUAUGGCUCAUACUGGGACCUCAGUAUGAGUUUUGUUCUUUUCUCUUGCAGACUGGAAUGACAAAACUCCUUUGAAUCCUUUUGGGAAACAGUAACAUAACAGAUGCUUGAAGAUGCUUUUUACUUUUUCACAUGAGAUUGCAUCAAUAAAAAAAGAGGCAGUCUGGUGACAUAUGAGAGUAAAAGCUUGUAUUCAGGUAUCUGAGUUACUUUCACCACCUCUCAUCCAUGUACCUGUGAUGUGUCUGUGUGUGUUUGUACACAGGAUGUUAGUAUGGAGUGUUUCCCAGUUCUGCCGGACAGCCUGGUGUUGGAGAUCUUCCUGCGCCUGCCCCAUGAUGCCGUGCUGAGAGCUGGUCUGACCUGCAGACAGUGGCUGGCGGUCUCCAGAGAUGAGUUCCUUUGGAGGGAAUUGUUCUACGACUACUAUCGCAUUCCACGCUCUGUUCCCCGACACCCAGGUAAGAACUCGUGACUUAAAAAGUGAACUCCGUUUCAUUCAGUAUUUGUGGUUGAAGUUUGUUAAAUAACCCCUGGUUUACCUGUGUGCAGCGGCGGUGUCAUGGUACAGGGAGUUCAAGCGUCUGUUCGACUGUAUCCCCUGUGUGGAGGUUCAGACGCUGAGAGAGCACAGUGACCAAGUCCUGCACCUGGCUUUCUCUCACAGAGGUCACCGGUUCUCCUCCUGCUCCAAGGACUGCACUGUGAAAGUAAGAUGAAUGAUUGAUGGUUUUACUUUCAUGAUAGAUCUCAUUUUCUUAUUUACUACUGAUUAUGUUCAGCGUUUAGUUACAUCCUUUACUGCACAGCUUUUUAGUUGCCUCUGGUUUUCCUGAUACCGCUUCUUUAAAGGUCUUUUCUGGAGCCUGUUCCAAGCCCAGUGUUUUCUGUUUUUAUAGUUAUUUAGUUUCAGAGUUAUUUCCCUCUCUAAGCUCUGCUGCGUGUGACAACCUACAGCUGUCUACUCUCUUAUCGUCUGCUCUUUUCUCCAAUUCCUUAUCCUUACCGCUCACGUGCAGCUAUGGGACACUGAAAGGCAGGAUGGCAACAUCUCGCUGGUGCACAGCUCCAGCAUGCGCCAGUUUAACUGGGGCUACACCCAGUUCUCCCAGUUCAACGCUGAUGACACCCUGCUGCUCGUUUCCGGUGUCUACCUGGGCCCGCACCACUCCUCGUCUGGGGAAAUUGCUGUCAUCAGUCUGGGUAGGAAACCGAAACAUCCUACUUUAUCCCACUGAGCAUUUUUGGGUCCAAAAGAAGUCUAAUAGACGUCUAAAUGUAGCCUAGACGACUGGUCUAAAAUCAGGCUACCACAGGUCUGAAAAUGAAAGAUUUUCAGACAUCUAAAUUAAGACCAAGUUUAGACUAAAUCUAAAUCUCGGCUAUAUCUAUACUACACUGUAUAUUGAUCAACGGUUAUUAUAAUUACAAUGGUUAAGUACUUGGAGAUCAGUUAUGCAACUCACAGUUGCUUUUUGAAAUAAAUAGUUAUCAAAUAAUGGGUUAAAGUGCAACGUCUGAAUUCUGUCUAAAAAUAAACAGAAUCUAGACGGUUGAAAUUAGGUCUAAAAAAAAAAAACUAGACGUCUAAUACCGUCUACUGCUCAGUGGGGUGGUUGUGGUUUUCAUCACUUCCUGUUGAGUUUUUUUAUAAUAAAUAAGGGUGUAAGAGAAGUUGCAGUUUUGAUUUCCUGUUCGAGAAUGGAGGAUAUAACGGUUCAUGUAGAUGUUCUUACAUGUAAACAUGGAGCUAAGUGUUUAGUACAUGAUUCAUAUAUAUGCUGCUGCAGUCUGCACAAAACCAGUCGAGAAAAAAAAGAAGGAUUUGUACUCCUCUAUUAUUUAAAUAAACAUUCAAAUCUUUUGUCGGUGUCCUAACAUCACAGAAAAUUACACGCUGUUGUCCCGCGUGAGGAACAAGCCGUACGAUGUUUUCGGCUGCUGGCUGAACGAGACCCACCUGAUCUCUGGGAACCUGCACUGGAUCGGAAACAUGACGUCGUGCUCUGUGCUCUGGCUCAACAAAGCCUUCCAGGUGAGACUUAAUAUAGAAGCAAAAGCCGGUUCUGUCAGGCCACUCAAAGUCUUUUUUUUUUGUCUGAGUGCAGAAGGAGGGCUGGAAGAUGUCUCCCGGCAACUUGUGAAGCAUUUUUUGUUCAGAUAGUUUUUCAUGAUAACAGAUUAAAUGAAAGAGUAAAAUAAUAUCAGCAUUUUCCCCUGUAGUAAAUUUUAGAAAUAAACUCUUUUGGUAAGUACUUGGCUUGUGCGUUUUAAAGUGAAACACAUCUUUGCUGAUUUCUUUCCUCCUCAAUCUUUUUAAGGAUGUUGAAUCAGAGAACGUCAACGUCGUAAAGCGCCUUUUCAAGAUCCAGAACAUCAACGCCAGCACCAUCCGCACGGUGAUGGUGGCCCACUGCCGCCGACACGAUAACCCAGACUUGCUGCUGGAUUACGAGGCUCAGUCUCAGGCCCGACGGCAGAAAGGGCAGCAGCAGCAGCACCACCACCAGCCUCUCCUCUUCGACUUGGGGACCUCGGGAAGCGAUGAGGAAGAUGAGGACGAGGAGGACGAGGAGCGACAAAGGGAAGCAAAGAGUCAUAGCUUCCCUUCUUCCCGCCUUCCUCAGCCGACUUUCUCUGGUCUGGAGCACGUUAUACAGGUGAGUUAGGAGUAAACGCCCAGAUUUGAUUGAAAUUUACAAAGACGUUUUCUUCAUUUGGUUUUUAUUCCCUGUUAGAGUCGUAAAAACGUCGGGCCAAGGGAGCUGGAGAUCGAGACGCAGGUGGCUCAGAUGAUGGGCAGAGCGUACACGAAGGCGCCUGUCUCUAGUUUAAUCGAGCCGUCUGACACCGGAGAGGGAGAAGACAAAACCUAUUUACUCUUCACCACCGGCAGCCUUACUUACUCCCCUCACCAGAUAGGUACGAUUAUUUCUGUCCUGCUGUAAACAAACACAGCGCUGACAGUCACCUCCUCUCACGUCUCAACGUUCACCUUUUCCAGGUAUUAAGCGAAUCAAGCCCGACCAGAUGACCACCUCUGGUCCUGUACUCGGGGAGGAGCGGAGUUCAGAUGAGUUCUUUGACUCCCUGGAUCACGUCAUCGACAUCCACGGACACAUCAUCGGAAUGGGCCUUUCUCCAGACCAUAGGUGAGGAAACGAUGUGUGUAGAUUCAGAUCUUAUGAUCCAACUGGAUUCUGGAUGCAGUCUCUGUACAUGUUACCAGGCAUGAAAAUAUCACAUGGUUAGUCAUUCACACAGAGCAUGUGUGUGUGUUAGUGUUGGUGUACAAUAAAGCAUUGAUUCUUUCACCCAUCAGAGCAGAGCCUCUAUUCUGGGCUGAUAUCACUGCCGGACAUGAGAGUCGCUCGAACAAUAGCUCUCCUCCUGCACAUGUCGGCGGUGAAUGGACAGCUUUAGAAAACGCAGAGUUUAACCUAACCUAGUUCGCUAUGAAAAAGGAGGUCAGGAGCACCUGUAUCUGAUUGUAGCAGUGAACAUAACCGCAGGUGGUCAAGGCUGCUGCUGUUUGUGUUCCCCCUGAAAGAGUCACAUGAUCAGGGCAUGAUGAAUCCUUAAGACAACCCAGUCAGCACGUGGAUUGUGGAUGUUGUGUGCUUCACUGUAAAGUCCGAGUUUCUGCUGAGGAAAAAAGAAACCACUAUUUCACACUAAACUGGUGUCAGUAGGUACUUUUCAGCCACAGGAACUUUCCCCAGGAAGUCGGUGUUAGUUAAAUCAGGAGCCAGUUUUGUUUACAUUAUAAGCCGAUACAGAAUUUACACACAAACACGAGCUGAGCAGGGAGAAGGUUAAACGGGUACAGGCGCCAAAGAUCAACAGCACAAGAUCCAACCAUCCCUGGAUGUCAUCAGUCAGAUUUGUGUUUUGUACCACAGAGUUUCUUUAAGUCCCAGGAGUAAAAAGCACCUAGUAGGAGUUUUUCCAGAGGAGUAUAGGGCUGAAUAACACUGAGGAAGAGUGGGGUGUACAUGCAGCCAACGUUGUGCUUUUUUUAAAACCACUAAAUGUAGGAGGGUAGAUGUAGUCCAAGUUAAACCACUUCCUUAGAUUAUUUCGGUGUACCUCCUGUCAGAGGCGGUUUUUCAUAGUUUAACCCUUUUGUUACCAGCUAUCACAGAUGAACCGAAGAUCAUUUUGACCACUCAAGAGACUCAUGCAAAACUGUUUUCACUGUAUAUGAUUAGAGACAGCACACAAGUAUAUCUGUGUCUGUGAGUCAGUCAGUACAUUUACAUUACAAUCGAGAAAACUGAAUUAUCGCCUUACUCCGAUUAAGACCAGACAACUGAAGUGCAUGUAAACACCUCAGUCCGAAUAUAAUCAGAGUUGGAGAACUCCGAUUAAGACACCCAGAUACUGCAAUUGGAAUUCAAUUUUCUCUACCAUGUAACCAGCGUAGUCGGAGUAUGAUCGGACAAUGCAUGUGUGCGUGCGCCACGCUCCUGUAACCCCGGAACAAAAACACCAGAAAGGAGGAGUAGCGUCCAUCUCAUCUGCAGAAAAAGAAGCGCGUCCAUCAUGUACGACAAAAACAACGUUGGACGAUGCUUCAUCUUCUUGUUGAAAAUGUCCAGCAGCAGUUGUAGCCACUUCUAAAGUCUGGCACGGACCUGCUGUUGUUGUUGUUUUUGACAGUUGUUUGGUGUCAACUGGAAACAGCGCCCAUAUCGCCCCUGGUUUUGGGGAGGAUGACACAUCCAUGUCAAUUAUUCGAUUUUCUCCGCUGCAUGUAUACGCGGACAAGGAGAGAAGUUUGAGAACCGAAUUAUGAGCUUAGUCCGAUUAAGCUGCGCAUGUAAACGCACUGAGUGAAUCACAUGUAUAUACGUUUUAUUCUAAACCGACUCCCUCUCCGCCUCAAUCAGGUACCUUUAUGUGAACAGCCGUGCGUGGCCUGCUGGCUGCGUGAUCUCAGACCCCAUGUCGCCCCCUCCGAUCGCCGAGGAGAUAGAUCUGCAUGUGAUCGAUCUGAAGAGCUUGAGGGAGGAGAGGAGGAGUCUGCGCGCCCACCGAGCCUUCACACCCAACGACGAGUGCUUCUUCAUCUUCCUCGAUGUCAGCAGAGACUUUGUGGCCAGGUGAGUGAGGAGGAGAUGCAGUUUCACGCAAGUACAGAUCUUAUUCGGUUUGAUUUUAAAAGUCUGGUAACAACAGGGGAAGAACACUGGGAUGAUGGGUAAUGUAGCACUGCCGUUUAAAUCUUUCUGUUUCUAUACCGAUGCAUCACAAAGUUUCUAUACUCGUAAUUUUUUUAAUCAGAUUACAGUUUUAUUAAGGAAGUCAACACUCUUCUUAAGAAAACAAUAAUCAGUGCAGUGCUUUAGUUGGGUAAGAGGUGAGUUUGUUUAACACACACUGAGGAUUUCCACACUCAAACCUGUUUCCAAACUAAAACCAACCACCAAAAGCAGCUCUCACAUUGUUGAAACCAACCCUCCACGGAUAGGUAUGUUUGUCUUGUGGGUGGUGUUGACGACCGAGUGAUUAAGACUGAGAGUCUUGGAGGAUUUCCAAAGCUGAUAAAUAACAAAAAAACACUUCUUUAAAGCCGUUAAAGACGCUCUACAAGUGCUACAUUUCCACAACAUGGUUAAUAAUUGUUUGCGUUUGAAUUUAGAGUAUCUGUUUCCUUUUUAACGACUAAGAGUUUGUCUCUUUUUCAAAGUUCAGUCACAGCUGGUUUUAGUUUGAUCAUUCUGGCUUUGUUUAAUCAGAGACGCAGAGACUAACAGGACUCUGGAGUCAGAUUUGAAAAACAUUGACCUUUCCUUUUUUUUGUUUCAUUAUGCCUGAUGUUCUGCUUCUGUGAGAUAGAAACCUGCCCAGCUUACACGUUUGUGUUUUGUAACAUGAAAUUAAAAAGGAUCCGUUUGCAACAUUUUUCAAAUCUCACUCACCUUUUUUAUAACUAUUUUUCCUUUGAUUUAUUCAAUUUCAGCCUGACCAUAUAGAAUUAAAAUUCAGGUUUGGGCCUCAAAGAAUCUGUAUUUACCGUUUUUCAAUCUUUAUGAAGCUUUUAAGCUCUUUUAUACAUCUCUGGACUUCUUCAACAUAACUUUUCCAACACUCUUUAUAAACACAUGGCCUUGAAAGAGGGUGUUGUGACUUUGGUUAAGGGUUGAGUCCUGGGAGGCAGGAUAUGACCUCUAAAGUAUGCUGUGGAAGCCGCAGUGAUAUUUACAAAAAGGCGGCCAUAGCAACAGAGUCCUUUGCUAUGAAGACUGUUUUUGCAUUUAUAUCAAUGAAAGAUGUAGGGAAACCGUUACUGUUCUUGUCAUGAAUGUGAUUGUCCAUCUACUGGGUCCCAAUAGACCCAAUUAGCUGAUCAGAGUGAUGUAGGCGCAGGAAUAUCUGAGAUUAGUGUCAAAAAGAGUGAGCACUGACUGAGAGUUGUGCUUUGUUUGAGUUAGUGAUAACCGUCUGAAUCACGUGGCAGAGUUGAGCCUGUCUGGAGAAGUUCACAGGCUAACUCUCCUCCAAGUUCUCCUGCCACUUUUCUCAACAAAGGACCCGCUUCAGAAAAAGUGAACUGUCCCUUUAAUUAAUGAAGAGAAACUAAUCUCAUUAAUCCGUAUUUAUCCAUAUCAUAACUUGCAGCUACGGUACAAGCACUGUUGUUGAAUGUUGUUUCUUCCUGCCUGUAGUGGAGCAGAGGACAAGCACGGCUACAUCUGGGACCGGCACUACAACAUCUGCCUGGCACGUCUGGCUCAUGACGACGUGGUAAACUCAGUGGCGUUCAGCCCCGCCGACCAGGAGCUGCUGCUCUCAGCCAGUGAUGACUCAACCAUUAAGGUGUGGCGCUCACCACGUAUGGUCCGCUUGGCUCAAACCCCUGCUCGACCACCGAGGCCCCGCAGCCUCUUGUCGUCCUGGCUCAGCCGAAACAAGAACUCAACGUCUGCUGGCAGUAUGAACGGAAGACCGUGAGUCAGGUUGACAAAAACCCUGCAGUGGAAAGGAGAGGGAGGGGAAAAUGAGAUCUUUUUCCUCUGUGGUGUGAAUAUAAUAUACAUACACUCCAUGUAUAUGUACAAUGUGGUUACAGUUGGUGGUUGUGUUUGAGCUCACAGUGUUUUAACACACAGAAGUGCUUGUUGACAUAAGCUAAAGAAAGCGGUUUGUGAUGCGACUCAGGGGUUAGACACAAGAGAGCGCCAGAGCACCAGCACCGGGACAGGACACAGCACAGACUCUUGAGUGCUGUCGACAGGAGUGAUGUGAAUUUUUUUUACCACAGGUAGACAUAGUGUAGACACCUAAACGCACAAGACAGACGUCCAAACGUGUUCCCCUGAGAGACGUGUCUGUUUUUGUUUGUCUGGACAGCUCACGCACAGGAAUUGUGGACCUGAGGUGGAAAUGCUCUCGAGAGAUGAAAGUGUAUGUUCUGCUCAUCGGAGGCAAAAUGCUGUAACAGAGAGAAAAAAUUCCAAAUGGUUGUUUCUUAUUUAUGGAUAUAUCCCGUUGAUGUCUUGAGUAUUAACACCUCAAAAAUCCUGUUUUCAGAGAUCUAAAAAACAAAAAAAAGGGAAAUCAACACUUAGCUGCUUUUACUGCAUUCUGCCUGUUUUUUUUUUUUUUGUUUUGUUUUUAGCUUCAUCACGUCACCUCGACUUUGUGCCCCUGAACUGAAUGCUCACUUUACUAUUCACAUAGAACAGUUUAAUGAUUUGAUCCUGAAGAGUUCCGGAGGCACAGAUUUUGAGAUUCAUGACUGUGAACUUAAAAAAGUCUGUGUAGCUCAUAAUAAUUUGGACCUAAAACACAGAAAUGUAUUUUAGCACCGAUGUUAAUAUCUGGCACAAAGCUGCAUCCUUGAUUUUGAAACACCUCUCUGACAUUUUUUAAUAUAUACUUUUUUUUGUCUUUCCCCAUCAGUAUAUGUUAUAGAAAGUUUUUCUAAAAUCCAUUUGUAGAGUGUAAGGUGCAUGAAUUGAACCUGCAUAGAGCCCCUCUGAAGACAGCCCUGCCUAUAUACUUUGGGUGUUUUCAUGGCAAGCGAUAGACUUGAUCCUGUCUGCCAAAAAAAGUAAAGAAUCAGCACCCCACAGUCCUUAAUUCUAAUUUUUUUGUGUAUGUAAUAUUUUCUAUUUCUGAUUUGACACGUUUCAUGAGUACAUAAGCCCACUACAUAAUGCAUGUGUUUGUGGUUGUGACAUGGUGAAAAAAAAAGGCCCAAAUUGUGAAAUUUGCAAACUAAAAAGAGAAGUAUUUAUUGGACGAAUUCAAUACUUGGAGUUUAGAAGAAAAAAUGUCGCCACUGUUUUGGGAAGUAUUGAUUUAGAGCGGGGAAUCUAGAUAAAUAGUGUAUUUUACAGAAAUUUCAGUCAGACAAACAGUACCAAAGUCUUUUAUUUAGACAUGACACGUGUUUUAAAUGAAAUUGAGAACAUAGAACAACUCAACAAUGCAAAAAAGAUUUUAAAUUCUCAGACACACCUUUAUAGAGUUGAGAACAUGAAGAUUGCAGAAAAAGCGAAGCAACUGUCCUCUCAAAAGCCCGUUUAAAACUUUUGUUUUUAUGUACCGAAGUGUCCAUAAAUAUUCGUGUGAACAUGGGUUACCCCUUGUUUUCCCAACAAGCCUAAAGUUACUCACUUAAGUCUUAAAUCUCCAAAACAAAUCUUCCAUAAAACAAAACAAAAAGUGACUCAUUUGAUAUUUCAUGAGUUCACUGUUUAAACCAGAAAAAAACUCAAGGUACUUUACCUGACAUCUGCUUUGAGAUUCCCCGCUUGAGACCGUUUUGACUGAUAACACAACCCUAAAAGACCUUCAAAUUGGAAUUUGAUUUGGUUGUAAUUGCAUGUACGUUUGUAAGAAAAAUCUGUGUGAGUUCAUCACAUCUCUGGCUGUCUCUUGCCACUGACCGAACAAUAUUUUUCAUGUUUUUCUAAAAGUGUGUGAUAGGUCAUGAACUUCUCCUCGGUUCCCUUUGGCAUCUUUCUCAUCUGUAGCUGCAUCUUUUUAAUUAUGUUUCCUGUCAACUUCUGUUUUUUUUUUUUCAUACACCCCUGAAAUAAAAAAGCAUGCCGUGAAAGGCCAGAAGUCUA